CGAAAGGGAGGAGAGGACUACCAAAUACCACUCGAGAGAAACACCAUCCUCCCCCGACCAUAUCUCUGCGCCGUUCGUUCGUCCACUCAUUCGCCCCGAUUCCCUGACUCCAGACUAGUGGGCGCAUUCCAACCUUUUCUUCAGGGUCCAGCACUCCUAGUCGAUCCCCUUGCCGCCUUCCCUCCAUAAACCCUCCGACCCCGUUUGCCUCCGAUCGAUCCCCCUACGCGCUGGAUGAGGAUCACGAUCGCUGCCUCUUCCAAUGCACAGACGCUCGUCUGGCUCGCCGGUCGAGGACGACGCUGAAGAUUCCGUGAUCACCGUCUCUCGAACCCCGACGGAGCCCGCUCACGGUCCCAAUGUUCUCGAUCCGCCGGAAAAAUCGCGUCCGCAGGCAGCCAGGACUGGCACCAGCUUCGAUCUGCGUCGAGAUAACGCGGGCGCCGCAACCCCUCGCUCCCGAAACUCGAGCCUCUGGCGCACCUCGUCCUCCAAUGACACCCGUUCCUCCUCCGUCAUGAUGCCGCUGGCCUCCCAGCGACUGCCCAUGGAAGUCUCCCCCGACGGGCAACACCGGUUUCGACCGUCGCGCCUCCGCAGUCCGUGGCCGAUCUCCAUCCUCUCGGCUCUCACCACACUCGUCGCGUCCAUAUUCCUCUUUUUCAUCCUCCAAUCCUUCUCCGCUCGUCAGACCGGCGGUGAUGGCUGUGGCAUCCCUGUCAUGAGUCCCACGUUCAUUCGCAUGGAUGGAUUUGAUACGGAACACACACGGUUUGCGAGCAAAUACAAUCUGUUUCUCUAUCGGGAGGCAGGCGUGGACUCGUACCACCAGGACAAUCUGGGUAUAAACGGCGCCCCUGUCCUCUUUCUUCCCGGAAACGCCGGCAGCUAUAGACAAGUCCGAUCCCUUGCCGCGGAAGCCUCGAGACACUACGCUGAUGUGGUCCGACACGACGAAGAGCGCCGUAAGACGGGCACCCGCAGCCUGGACUUCUUUAUGAUCGACUUCAACGAGGAUCUCGCCGCCUUCCACGGCCAGACACUGCUCGACCAAGCCGAAUAUGUCAACGAGGCGGUGGCAUACAUUCUGUCGUUGUACCAUGACCCGCGACGGUCACGGAGGGAUCCCGAUCUUCCGGACCCCAGCUCCGUGAUCGUUAUUGGGCACUCCAUGGGAGGAAUUGUGGCACGGACAGCAUUGACCAUGACGAACUACCAAGCCAAUUCGGUCAACACCAUCGUGACCAUGUCAGCACCCCACGCCAAGCCCCCCGUCUCUUUCGAAUCAGAUAUCGUCCAUACCUACAAGCAAAUCAACGACUACUGGCGCGAAGCCUACUCCCAGACAUGGGCGAACAAUAACCCACUGUGGCAUGUGACGUUGAUCUCCAUUGCGGGCGGUUCGCGCGACACGGUGGUUCCGUCCGACUACGCCAGUAUCUCGUCGCUUGUUCCGGAGACCCACGGCUUCACCGUGUUUACCUCGACGAUCCCUGAUGUCUGGAUCGGUAUGGACCACCUGUCAAUCACCUGGUGCGAUCAAUUCCGCAAGUCGAUCAUCAAGUCGUUGUUCGACAUCGUGGACGUCCGCCGGGCCAGUCAAACAAAGCCCAGAGCUGAGCGUAUGCGAAUCUUCAAGAAAUGGUAUCUGACCGGAUUGGAGCCGAUAGCAGAGAGAACGCUUCCUCGGAAAGAGCCCAGCACGUUACUGAAGCUGGAAGACAGCAGCAACACGAUCUUACCGCAAGGCCAGCGACUGAUUCUUCGCGAAUUAGGCCACAACACUGGCCCAAAUGUGCACCUUCUGCCCGUCCCACCGCAGGGUGUACCGGGAAAGAAGUUUACUCUCCUUUCGGACCAAUCGUUUGACGACACCGGCGAUCAGGGCUCACUGGAAGUUCUUUUCUGCAGUGUCACCCCCCUGCACAACAGCAAAUUCGCCAGUGUCUUCUCGAUGAACAUAGACCUCUCCGGGGGAAGCGUGGGAACUACCCGACUUGCUUGCAAGAACGCCGCUGAGGACGGAAUUCAUCUCCCCGCGUCGACACGCACUUCCAAGCAAGCCUGGGACCGGACCACGCCCUUCUCUUACUUGCAGUACGACCUGGAGGACCUGGUCGAGCAUCAGUUUGUGGCUGUUGUCGACAAAGCGCGCUCACCCACACGUGGCUGGGUCGUGGCGGAAUUCUCCGACAGCUCCGACUCGGUCAUCCGGGCCCGGGUGGGCUUGGGCGGCUUGCUCAGUGCCGGUCUGAACAUGAGACUACCAGCGAAUCGUCCCAUGCUCACGGAGGUCAAGAUCCCCGCGCUGCACUCGAGCUUGCUGAAUUACAAGCUGAAGAUUAUCCGACGGAGCUACGCGCAGCAAGAGCUGUUUGCACCGUUGCUGCGACAGUCCAUCCCGGACCCUCACGAAUCCAAGUUUUUCGUCAACGUGAAGCAAGUCAAUGUGAACUUGCACGGCCUCGCGCCCUUCAUGCCUCCCCCGCUUCGCGAUCAAGCCGCUCUUGGUGGGGUGUCUUUCCAGCUUUGGACGGACCCGAGCAGUGAGUCCACGGUCGAUGUCUCUAUAUCGGUGGACAUCCUAGGUAGUCUUGGGGAGCUUGUCAUGCGGUACCGGACCAUCUUUGCUACCUUCCCGAUCUUGGUUAUUGCUCUGGUUCUCCGAAAGCAGUUCCAAGUGUACGACGAGACUGGCUACUUCAUCACCUUUGCAGAAGGACUGGAUAGUACUUUACGGUCGUCCUUUCCCCUCUUGCUGGUCGCCAUGUCCUUACUGGCGUCGUCUCUGGCCACGUCUAGCACCCUGCCCCCGAACGAUGAUCCGUUCCAUUGGCGCACGAACGCCACCGAGUCUCCCAUUGAUUUUACGAAGAACGACCUCCUACUGGGCUCACAAGACGCAUUCUUUUGGUUCCUAGUGCCUAUAUUCGGUCUGAUCAGCGUGGGGGUGUGUGUCAUCAUCAACUACGUGUCGCUAUCCCUUCUCUCUGUGAUUUCUCUCGUCUAUGGUCUUCUAAACAGCAAGUCUGGGUAUAUCAAGCGCGACGACAAAGGAAAUCUUCCCAUCUUCUCGGCCCCCACGCCCAGGCGGCGCUUGAUCAACACGGCUGCCCUCUUGGUUCUCGUCUCGACUGUUGUCCCGUAUCAGUUUGCCUACAUGGUGGCAUGCAUCGUGCAGCUGGCCACAUGUGUGCGGGCCCAAUGGCAUGCCAAGGAGACAAAAUCGACGACCCACUAUAACUUCGCCAACUAUACGUAUUCGAUCUUCCUCCUCAUGUUGUGGAUCCUCCCGAUCAACAUCCUGGUCCUGCUUGUCUGGGCCCACAACCUGGUUGUACACUGGUUCAUGCCCUUUUCAUCUCAUCACAACGUUCUAUCCAUAAUGCCGUUUUUACUGCUCGUCGAGGCCAUGACCACGGGGACGAUGAUCCCUCGAAUCAACUCACGGCUAAAAAACAUCACCUCCCUUCUUCUCUUCGCCCUCGCCAUAUACUCGGCGGUGUACGGAGUCUCAUACGCCUACCUCCUCCACCACCUCACUAAUAUCUUCGCCGCGUGGCUUGUCGGGGUAUACCUGUUCAGCAGCGGCUUCUCCCUCCGACGCCUAUGGCGGAUCCUGGAAGGCAGCGACGAAGCGACGUCCACCCCGGAACCCGGGAGCCACACGAAGAAAAAGCCGUAA